AUGAAGUUUCUCUUCCUCCUCCCCCUUGCCCUCACCGCUCUCACCGCUCUCGCCCAACGCGGGGGCGGUAACGGCAAUGGCUCCGGAAACGGAAACGGCAAUGGCAACGGAAACGGCGGCAACGGAAACGGUGGCGGUAAUGGAAAUGGCAACGGCGGCAGCAGCAACGUCGUCGUGCGCGACCUCCAGCGUGUCACCACCCUCUCCGCCGACCUCCGCUCCACCGUCGAGGCCGUCUCCUUCACCAACGCCGUCGCCUCCGCGCCCAGGAUCCUGAACUCCCUCCAGGAGAUCGUCAUCACCGUGACGGGCGCCGUCGCCGAUGUACAGAGCCUCGACACCGGCGGAGGCCUCACUUCAGGGUCGGGCACUGGUUCUGGAAGAGGCGGCGCAGAGAGGCGCCAGGCCUCCGUCGGAACUGAGGCCUGCCAGGCGAUCGUCACCGCACUCACUGACUUCGUCCGCGUCCACCAAGCGCUCCUGAGCGUCAUAAUCGGCAAACACGGCCUACUCGCGCCCUUCGGCUUCGCGGAGCCGUUCCGGCUCGCGCUGGUCGCCAUCGAGCGCGGCGUUGACGUGCGUCGCUUUCUCCUCUUGCUGCCCCUCCCCGGUCUCUCUUUCCUCUUUCCUCCUCCCUCACUCGCCGCCUUAGUGCAGUACUUACAGACGAUGCGCCAGACGUACACGCUCGCGAUCAUCAACCUCAUUCCGUGCGACAAGACGGCCGCCAACGAGGAGAAGGACCGGCUCGACAAAUCGCUGCGCGAUGCCGUCGACUCGUACUCGGACUGA